AUGGCAAGAUAUGUUAAAACCUCUACUUGUCUUCACACUAACCAAAAGUCUUAUAGAGCUAUUAUAGAGUUCAUGAAGGCUUAUCUAAAAGGCCCAAUCUACCCUAUCUAUACCUCACAUUCCUUCUAUAAAGAUAAUAUGGCGCUAGCUACAUACCUCUAUAUACAACCGAUACUAUUAGUGGCUAUUUUAUCGAUUAAGAUUAGUAAUACUAUAAAAUACUACUUAGGUAGAUAUACUAGUGCUAAUCUUAGUACUAUUAUCCUUAAUAUCCUUAAAAAAUACGAAAUCCAGAAUCGGGUUUUAGCGAUCACUACUAAUAAUGUAUCUAAUAAUAAUACAUUAGUUAGUUUGGUCCCUUAUAAUCUAUAUAAAUAUAAGCCCUUAACGUCGAGAUACCUUCUUUUCCCUUUAGACUAA